ACUGGAUAUUCAUGGCCUCAGCCAACUUUCUCUUCAUUGCAAUUGUCAAUUAUCAUAACAUAUGUCUCGCCAAAUCGCAAAUUGCAACCGUUUUAAAAUAUGGUGUUCAGUAAUUGCUAUCGUUUGAAAACUAAAUUGUAAAUUAAUAAAUUAUACUUCAGCGAAAAGCUCGACGUACCGCGAAACGUUAAACCCGAUAAUAAUGAACCAAUCUCAUGCAAGGAAUUUCCUUAGUGUCUGUUCCAUAUGAAGGUAUAUAUAGGAGUGAAGAACAUGUUGUUUACGUUAUUAUAAUUCAAGAUGGACUGUAGAAAGGUGAUUAUAUUUGUUUUAUGUGAAAUAAGUUUAUCUGUAGCAUAUGGGAAAGAUCCUACACUGGUCACUCUACCAGAGGGCCAAAUAAAGGGUCACGAACUACGUUCUCCAAAUGGCAAAGUUUAUUACGCAUUUCAAGAAGUUCCGUACGCAGCGCCACCUGUCGGAGAAUUAAGAUUUAAGCCACCAACAGAGCACCAGAAAUGGAAGGGAGUAUUGGAUACCACAAAAAAUACAAAAAUUUGUUACAAGACAGAUUCUUUCGUAAUUCCCAACACAACGGAGAGCGAGGACUGUUUGUAUCUGAAUGUUUUCACGCCACAGAAACCUGGAGAUUCAUCAAAAGCUCCUUUAGGAGUAAUAGUUUGGAUACAUGGAGGUGGAUAUGAAUAUGGAUCUGGUGUUGUUCAAAUAUUCAAACCUCAGUUCUACGUGGAGCACAAUAUCGUUGUUGUCACAAUGAACUACCGACUGGCUGUUUUAGGUUUUCUUACCACGGAGGACGGGGUCAUACCAGGAAACUUGGGGAUGAAAGAUCAACAUUUUGCCUUAAAAUGGGUCAAGAAGAACAUUCAUUUGUUCGGUGGAGACCCUGAAAAAAUAACAAUUUCAGGCGAGAGUUCCGGAGCAGCUGCUGUGGGAUUGCACAUAAUAAGUCCAAAAAACAAAGGGUUAUUCAGAGCUGCCAUAUUGCAAAGUGGUACUGCGGUAGCAAAAUGGACACGUCAAGAUUUUGCUAGAUUUUACGCCUUCGAAUUGGGACGAAGUUUGGACCCGAAUUUCAAAUCAAACGACUCAAAGGAAUUACUCAAGUUGUUGCAAAAAACUCCAGCUUCCAAACUGACCAAAAACUCCGUCACUACUGCACCAGGAAAGCAAACGUCAUCGGUCGAGGGUGAAGGUCAAAUAUGGCUGCCCGUGAUAGAGGACCCUCAUCUGGAAGGGGCAUUCCUGACGACUUCUUUCUAUGAACCUUUUAGGACGGGAAAUAUCAACCAAGUGCCUAUACUUAUUGGCUUCAACUCUGAGGAAUAUCUGUUGGUUGCAUCAGCAAUUCCUUCGGGACCUCCAAAUCGUGCGAAAUAUUUCGACACGGACUUGUCCAAUCUCGUUGGAAAUAAGUAUAAUAUGACUAAAGAAAACAAAGUAGCUGCUGGCCGCAAACUCAGGCAAAUUUACACUGAUCGAACAUUCCAAGAGGACAUUGCAGCGGUGAUCAAGUUCACCAGCGACGAAGUAUUCUCAACACCCAGUACUAGGCACGCAAAAUUACAAUCCAGCUAUACCGAUGUUUAUAUGUACCAGUUCUCGUAUAAAGGAAAGAUGGGAGGUUUGGCUGGUGCAGAAGUUGCAGGUGUGCGAGGUGUUGGUCACGCCGAAGAAUUGGGCUAUUUAUGGGACGCACCGCUAACAUCCGACGGAUCACCCGACGAUCCAGAUGAUUUGGUAACAAGGCAGCGUUUGUUAACCUUAUGGACAAACUUUGUUAAGUGUUUAAAUCCAACUCCUAAAAAAGACAGUGUCUUGAAUAACGUUAUAUGGGAAAAGCUAACUCCGAACAAUUUGGUAUAUUUGAAUAUCAAUAAAACACUCGAAAUGCAGAAAAAUCCAAAGGAGUACCUCGAAUGGGAAAAAGUUUUAGACACUUACGCCAUACCACCAUUAUCUAAUUACUGAUUUUAUUAUUUUAAUUUGUAAGCGUAAUAAAUUGUCUACUAUUGUUUUGAUUAACUGGUCAGUCGAUUCUGGUUUUUCAGGACAAUCGGACCUUUGCAUUGAUUUUUUUUCGCAAAUGCAUAAAGACUGUUGAAGUAAUGUGUCUGUUUAAUGUUAUAAUUACUCUAGUCUAAGAGAGUCUAAUAAAUUAUUUCAAUUUUCAAAAAUAUUCUUUAAAAAUUGAACUCCCAUGAAUUUCAGUUGUAACGCACAAUGCAAUAUUUCUAGUUUCAAAAAUUUAUAUGCCAUCCACAGCAACAUAAGUAGGUAUAGAGUACCUAUAAAUGGAAGUAAUUAAUAACUAUUUUAGAAAAAUUAAUAAACGCAGUCAAACGCAA